CAGACACACUAAGAUGAGUGGGAGCACCGCAUGAACUUGUGGAAUAUAAUUUUUUGUUUUAAGUCAAUACGAAAUUGUUGCAAUGGCAGACAGUAACGGUCCCCCUCUAUCGUCCUUCAUCAUGGAUGAAGAAACUCUGAAGAGAAAACAGAAGGAGAAGUUAAAGAAACUGAUGGCCACUGGCGGCAAUCCGAGGCCUACUCGCUCUCUCCUCUUCUUGACACUCAGGAAUCCCUUUCGUCGGGCUUGCAUCAGUAUUGUGGAAUGGAAACCUUUUGAAAUAAUUAUUCUUUUGGCCAUUUUUGCCAACUGUGUGGCCCUCGCUGUGUAUUUACCCAUGCCUGAGGAAGACAGCAACAUCACCAACAGCAAUCUGGAAAGCCUGGAAUACAUUUUCCUCCUCAUCUUCUCUGUGGAAUGUUUCCUGAAGAUAAUUGCCUAUGGAUUUCUUUUUCAUGCCGAUGCGUACUUAAGAAACUGCUGGAAUAUUUUAGACUUUGUUUGUGUAUCAGUUGGACUCUUUACUGUUGCUGUGGAUGCUAUUAAUCACAUCAGUGGAGUAGAGCCUGUAGUCGGAGAAAAAGGGGGUGGUUUUGAUAUGAAAGCUCUGAGGGCUUUCAGAGUCCUUCGACCACUGAGGCUUGUGUCUGGAGUCCCAAGUCUGCAAGUUGUCAUGAAUUCCAUCCUGAAGUCCAUGCUGCCCUUGUUCCACAUAACUCUACUGGUCUUUUUUAUGGUUACCAUCUACUCGAUAAUGGCUCUUGAGCUAUUCAAAUGUAAAAUGCAUAAAACUUGCUACUACACAGGCACCGACAUCAUUGCUACGGUGGAGAAUGAAAAGCCUGCCCCAUGCGCCCAGGCAGGGAAUGGGCGCCGUUGCACCAUCAACGGCACAGAGUGUCGGGCCGGCUGGCCUGGUCCAAACCACGGCAUCACUCACUUUGACAACUUGGGAUUUUCCAUGUUGACAGUGUACCAAUGUAUUACUACACAAGGGUGGACUGAUGUCCUAUACUGGGUGAAUGAUGCGAUUGGAAUGGAAUGGCCCUGGAUCUUUUUCACCACACUCAUCCUGGUCGGUUCCUACUUUGUGCUCAACCUGGUUCUUGGUGUACUUAGUGGUGAGUUCACCAAAGAACGAGAGAAGGCCAAGUCCCGAGGUGAGUUUCAGAAGCUGAGAGAGACCCAGCAGCUGGAUGAAGACCUCAAGGGUUACAUCGAGUGGAUCACCCAAGCUGAAGUCAUAGAUAAUGACCAUGAAGGGCAGAGUUUGCUUCCCACCGAAAAUGGAGGAUCUCAGGCAGGAAGUGUUGGAAAAAUGGACACAAUGCAGUUAAUAUUGUAUUACUAUAAACUGGCUCGCAAGUGGAACCGCUGGUUACGCCGUAAAUGCCGGGCGUACAUUAAAUCCAAACUUUUCUACUGGUGGGUGAUUAUGCUGGUCUUCUUCAAUACGCUAGCUAUUGCAACAGAACACCACAAGCAGUCUGAAAGGCUCUCAAACUGGCAAGACACUGCCAAUAAUCUACUGCUGUUCAUGUUUUCCCUGGAGAUGUUUAUGAAGAUGUACGCUCUUGGCUUGUCUUCGUACUUCAUGUCACUCUUCAAUCGUUUUGACUGCUUCGUGGUGUCCACUGGCAUUAUGGAACUCAUCCUUGUACAAAUGAACAUUAUGUCGGUCAUGGGCAUCUCAGUGCUGCGCUGCAUACGCCUGCUGCGCUUGCUCAAAGUCACCAGAUACUGGACCUCUCUCAGUAAUCUGGUGGCUUCCCUCUUGAACUCAGUCCGUUCCAUUGCCUGCUUGCUGCUGCUGCUCUUCCUCUUUAUUGUUAUCUUUUCACUGCUGGGUAUGCAGGUGUUUGGAGGAAAGUUCAACUUUUCCAACCAACCGAAACCGCGCAGCACUUUUGAUAGCUUCCCUCAAGCCCUGAUAACCGUUUUCCAGAUUCUUACAGGAGAGGAUUGGAAUACUGUCAUGUAUGAUGGAAUAAUGGCACAUGGAGGACCCACUAUGCCCGGAAUUCUCGUCAGCAUCUACUUCAUCAUCCUGUUUGUCUGUGGAAAUUUCAUUCUUUUAAAUGUCUUCCUGGCCAUUGCAGUUGAUAAUUUGGCUGAGGCGGAGUCUUUAACUUUGGCACAGAAGGAGAAAGCAGAGGAUAAGAAGCGAAAGAAAGCGCUCAGGGCCAACUUUCCCAGCAAGACUUCCGAGGAAAAAGCUAAUCUUGCAAAGAAGUUAGCUGAGCAGAGAGCCAAGGGUGUUGAGGGCAUCCCCACGACUGCUAAGCUCAAAAUUGACGAGUUUGAGUCAAAUGUGAACGAAAUUAAAGACCCCUUCCCUCCAGCUGAUUUUCCUGGUGAUGAUGAAGAAGAGGACCCUGAGAUCCCAGACAGCCCGAGACCUCGUCCAAUGGCUGAUCUUCAGUUAAAGGAAGAAGCGGUACCUAUGCCAGAAGCCAGUUCAUUUUUCAUCUUUGGACCACAAAACAAGUUCCGGAAACUGUGCCAUCGCAUCAUAAAUGCAACCACAUUCACCAACAUCAUCCUGCUUUUCAUCCUGCUGUCAUCCGUUUCCUUAGCAGCCGAGGAUCCGAUCGACCCAAUGUCCUUCAGGAACCAGGUGUUGGCAUAUGCUGAUAUAGUCUUCACUUCAGUGUUUACUGCAGAGAUUGUACUCAAGAUGACAACGUAUGGUGCCUUUCUUCACAAAGGGUCUUUCUGCAGAAACUCUUUUAACAUUUUGGAUCUACUAGUUGUCAGUGUAUCGUUGCUCUCGAUGGGAAUGGAAUCCAGUGCCAUCUCAGUGGUUAAGAUUCUCAGGGUGCUGAGGGUACUUCGACCGCUAAGGGCCAUCAAUCGAGCAAAGGGCCUCAAGCACGUGGUCCAGUGUGUGUUUGUUGCUGUCAAGACCAUUGGAAACAUUGUGCUGGUUACCAUGCUACUUGACUUCAUGUUUGCCUGUAUUGGGGUUCAGCUUUUCAAGGGGAAGUUCUAUUCCUGCACAGACCCAGACAAAAUGACUGAGGAAGAAUGCAGAGGUUGGUAUAUAAAGUAUCAGGAAGGAGCACUUCAUGAGAUGGAGGCCCGUCAGAGGGAAUGGACCAACUCAGAACUAAAUUUUGAUAACAUCUUCAAUGGCAUGCUGGCGCUCUUCACCAUUUCGACAUUUGAAGGAUGGCCAAAGAUCCUUUACAAAGCCAUUGAUUCAAAUGUAGAGGAUCAAGGGCCAGUGUACAACAACAGAGUUGCCAUCUCAAUUUUCUUUAUCAUCUACCUCAUCCUGAUUGCCUUUUUCAUGAUGAAUAUAUUUGUGGGAUUCGUCAUCGUUACCUUCCAAGAACAAGGAGAGCAAGAGUAUAAAAACUGUGAGCUCGACAAAAAUCAGCGCCAAUGUGUGCAGUACGCUCUCAAGGCCCGGCCACUACGGUGUUAUAUUCCCAAGAACCCUUUCCAAUAUCAAGUGUGGUACAUUGUCACCUCCUGCUACUUUGAAUACCUGAUGUUCCUUCUUAUCAUGCUCAACACCAUGUGCCUGGGAAUGCAGCACUGUGACCAGUCAGAACAUGUGAAACACCUAUCUGGCAUGCUGAACGUAAUUUUUACUGUGCUGUUUACUGUGGAGAUGAUUCUGAAACUGAUGGCCUUCAAAGCUAAGGGUUACUUUGGAGACCCCUGGAAUGUUUUUGACUUUGUCAUCGUCAUUGGAAGUGUAAUAGACGUGAUUCUGAGUGAAAUUGAUGCGGCGCUGGUGUCCUCUGGAGGGCUUUACUGUCUCCAAGGCUGCGAUGAAGCUGAUCCUAUGCAAGCAAUUGCGUCUGCGGAGAAUAUGAGUGUGUCAAUCACAUUCUUCAGACUGUUUCGUGUUAUGCGUCUGGUGAAACUUUUGAAUCGAUCUGAAGGAAUAAGGAAUCUGCUAUGGACCUUCAUAAAAUCCCUUCAGGCUCUUCCCUAUGUGGCCCUGCUCAUUCUAAUGCUGUUCUUUAUAUAUGCUGUUGUUGGAAUGCAGAUAUUUGGUAAAAUUGCUUUGGUUGAUGGGACGUACAUCAACAGAAACAACAACUUCCAGACAUUUCCACAGUCGGUUUUGCUGUUAUUCAGAUGUGCAACUGGUGAAGCAUGGCAUGAAGUGAUGCUCGCAAGUAUGUAUGGAAAGAAAUGUGACGCCAAAUCAGAUUUCCUUCCUGGAGAAGAGUUCACCUGUGGAUCCAACUUUGCCAUCAUUUACUUUCUGAGUUUCUACAUGCUCUGUGCUUUUCUGAUCAUAAACCUGUUUGUCGCUGUCAUUAUGGAUAACUUUGACUAUCUGACGCGUGAUUGGUCCAUUCUGGGCCCCCAGCACUUGGAUGAAUUCAAAAAAAUAUGGGCAGAGUAUGAUCCAGAGGCCACGGGGCGUAUUAAGCAUCUGGAUGUAGUGACACUUCUACGGCGAAUUCCCCCACCUUUGGGCUUCGGCAAGUUUUGUCCCCAUCGUAUUGCCUGCAAGAGGCUGGUCUCCAUGAACAUGCCUCUCAACAGUGAUGGAACAGUCACCUUCAACGCGACACUGUUUGCUUUGGUUAGAACUGCACUGAAAAUAAAGACAGAAGGAAAUUUUGAACAAGCCAACGAGGAGUUGCGAGCAAUUAUUAAGAAAAUCUGGAAGCGUACCAGUAUGAAACUGCUGGACCAAGUCAUUCCAUCAAUAGGAGAUGAUGAGGUGACUGUGGGAAAAUUCUAUGCAACAUUCUUAAUCCAGGAUUAUUUCAGGAAAAUGAAAAAAAGACAAGAGGAAUACUAUGGUUACCGUCCGACAAAGAAAAAUGCAACAAAUGAGAUACAGGCAGGACUUCGAAAUAUUGAAGAGGAGGCCGCUUCAGAGCUCCAUCGGACCAUCUCUGGCGAUCUACUAAAUGAGGAUGACCUGGACAGAGUUACUGAUGAAGCUGUCGAAGAAAUCUUCAGGAGGCAGGGCAGUCUUUUUGGGAACCAUUCAGAUCCCUUUGCUAUAGACAGUGAUCUAACCAGUGGCAACCAGGCUGCAAGUCAACGGCCACUGCAAAUGGCAGAGGGAAUCAUAAACAACACUAAAGAUACAGCUCGGAGAAAUGACCCACAUUCAGCAAAUUAAAAAGCAUGUAUUUUAAGAAGAAAACUGAAGUUGUUGCAAGGACAGCCUUUGUGUGGAUACAACAGUGCACCGCUUUAUUACUGGUCUACAAGUACAAAGUUUUGAGAAUUUGAAAAAUGCAUUUCCACGGGCAGUUUGAAUCCUCGAGUGAUGAUCACUGUGACUUAACUUAAAAGUCGCCUUUGUGCUCAACGUGAACACAUACACAGUACAUCUGUCAGUCUGUUUUAUACAUACUCCUUAGAGCCACAAGUGAACAAACCUCUCAGCUGUGAGUCAGUAGAAAUGCAAGGUUGGUGUAGGAUUAUGGACCCAAGAACAUGGAAGCAGGAAUGCAAAUCAGGAGCGCACUCGAAUUUUUGGAAAUGCCAAACUAAGAAAACAAGGCACGAUGAAAUGAUCAAGUUAAGACAAAUUGAAGUCAAUAUAACAAACAGUAAGAUUAAACUCGCCAGGACAUGAAGACAGUAUAAGUCACAUGGACUACAAAAUGGAGAUAAAGCAAAUGAUCCAACCAUGACAGAAUGCCUCCUUUCUGGGAACGAAAUAGAAAAGUGACAAGACAAUGAGGAACACCCUGACAAGACACAAGUGACUAAGAGAGUUGUCAACCCAAAAUGUUGAAAGAGCCAAGUUGGACCAAAAAACAAAUCUGUCUGGAGACGCAAAAAAUUAAAAGCCUUACAUAAGCCUUAUAAUGAAUGCAACACAUGCUGUAUGUAUCGAUAUUAGCAAUAUUAGCCUACUAUCAAAAGGACUACGUUGGCUACAAAUACCGCAUAAGCCUUCAUUAUUAAUUUUUUCCUCUGCAGUGUAUCCUGUAGAGCAGGAGGACCCAACCUUUUUCGACAGACGAUCUACUUUUCGAUCAACCAACCUCCCGCGAUUGACCCAUUACCGCACACACCGCAACUGCCAUAACAGCCGCUAAGAUGAACGAGGCACAGGGCGGACUUUUGUAGCGUGUUAAUGAUCGUAGCUCACGUGUACCAUUGAAAAAGGCUUCUCUCGGCCCUCCGGGUUCCCAUUCUUUGCAAGUACCUCGGUGAAUUGUACAUGAAAUACAGUUUUUUUUUUUUAACAAUAGCUAUCUACCUGGCAUCCUAUCCUACUAAUAGAAACAUGUGUCGCAGUCUUUGACGCAAAUCCUCGUUGACAGAAAUGUGAUAUUUAUUUGAAAAAUUUUCACAGCAUUGGAAAACGUUAAGAAUGUUUGUGUCAUGUUUGUCCUCCUACAGAAACCAUAUUAAAACAAAAACAAAAUACAUUUCCCUCCUCCAUCUUUUUACAUGUUCAAACAUUUUUGAAAAAGCUCCAGGGAGUUACUAGCAUGCGGCUCUGGAGCCGUGGGUUACUGACUAGGUUGAAAAGCACAGGUGGAAACAAAAAGACCUAACAUACAGGGAAAGACUUGAAUCACACGAAAACACAUUACAUGAAACAAAACCAAAUGUAAAUCUAACCAAAGACAGAGAUCAUGACUGCAUUCAGUGCAUUUGGAAAGUACUCAUGGUGCG